AUGAUCACCACGACUACGAGAACAGGUGAUUCGCAAGACUCGGAUGGAAAAACUUUACGACCUUGCUGCUCAUGUCCCGAAACAAAAAAAGCAAGAGAUGCCUGUGUUUUGGCUAAUGGGGACGAACAUGAAAGCUGUAAAGAGCUUGUCGAAAAACAUUUGAGAUGUAUGCGUAACCUUGGCUUCAAAGUCUAA